AUGACUCCAAUAACAUGGAAUGUUAAUGAUAAAUCCGUUCUUUUAAAUGUGGAUUCAAACGGACUUGGUGUAAAUUAUAAGGGUUAUGGCAAAAUCAAUGAAGAUGCUGUAAUUCGUACGAAUAACCCAAUUCCAACUCAAA